AUGCUGCAGUAUAUCAUUGCAGGCGCUCUUAUUUUCGAAAUCAUCCGGCUGUUUGGCCAACCAGAUGCAUCUACAGUGAAGUACUCAAAGCCUACGCCUGGCAAGCCCCCGGAGUCAAUAGCCCCCACGUCAGAGCCUGGCAAGCUGCACGUUGGG